ACCAGUGCAGCUCCUACUACAACAACUGCUGUUCUAACGACCACAGUGACUGCAGCACCUUCUACAAUAACUACAACUUCAGCUCCUACGACCACUACAGCCCCAGAACCUAUUACGACAACCACUGCAGCACCUUCUACAAUAACUACAACUUCAGCACCUAUGACAACAACAACUGUAGCUCCCACGACAACUGCAGCUCCUACAACAGCUUUAGCAUCUACGACAACCACUGCAGCCCUAACAACAACAACUGCUGCUCCUACGACCACUACAGCCCCAGAACCUAUUACGACAACAACUGCAGCUCCUGCUACAACAACUACAACUUCAGCUCCUACGACAACCACAACAACAGCACCUCCAACAACUGUAGCUCCCACGAUAACUGCAGCUCCUACAACAGCUUUAGCAUCUACGAUAACCACUGCAGCCCUAACAACAACAACUGCUGCUCCUACGACCACUACAGCUCCAGAACCUAUUACGACAACCACUGCAGCUCCUGCUACAACAACUACAACUUCAGCUCCUACGACAACCACAACAACAGCACCUCCAACAACUGUAGCUCCCACGAUAGCUGCAGCUCCUACAACAGCUUUAGCAUCUACGAUAACCACUGCAGCCCUAACAACAACAACUGCUGCUCCUACGACCACUACAGCUCCAGAACCUAUUACGACAACCACUGCAGCACCUUCUACAAUAACUACAACUUCAGCACCUAUGACAACAACAACUGUAGCUCCCACGACAACUGCAGCUCCUACAACAGCUUUAGCAUCUACGACAACCACUGCAGCCCUAACAACAACAACUGCUGCUCCUACGACCACUACAGCCCCAGAACCUAUUACGACAACAACUGCAGCUCCUGCUACAACAACUACAACUUCAGCUCCUACGACAACCACAACAACAACUACGACUUCAGCUCCUACGACAACCACUCCUACGACAACCACAACAACAGCACCUCCAACAACUGUAGCUCCCACGAUAACUGCAGCUCCUACAACAGCUUUAGCAUCUACGAUAACCACUGCAGCCCUAACAACAACAACUGCUGCUCCUACGACCACUACAGCUCCAGAACCUAUUACGACAACCACUGCAGCUCCUGCUACAACAACUACAACUUCAGCUCCUACGACAACCACAACAACAGCACCUCCAACAACUGUAGCUCCCACGACAACUGCAGCUCCUACAACAGCUUUAGCAUCUACGACAACCACUGCAGCCCUAGCUACAACAACUGCUGCUCCUACGACCACUGCAACUCCACAACCUACUACGACAACCAGUGCAGCUCCUACUACAACAACUGCUGUUCUAACGACCACAGUGACUGCAGCACCUUCUACAAUAACUACAACUUCAGCUCCUACGACAACAACAACUGUAGCUCCCACGACAACUGCAGUUCCUACAACAGCUUUAGAAUCUACGACAACCACUGCAGCCCUAACAACAACAACUGCUGCUCCUACGACCACU